AUUUCAGAACAGUUUCAUCUAAACGAUAUUUAAAUUAAUUAGAAAAUUGAAAAAUUAGGAACACAAUGCGGGCGAUGUCAAAAUUGUUAGUAUAAAUAUUCACAAAUUUCAAGUGCUAGUGUUAAAUUCCACUAUAUAAAUGUUUGUUCUUUAACAUCUACCUGUCAGUGUGUUUUUAACAUUACACGGUAAAAAUGAAGUACUCGUAUUUAAUGUGUAUGUGCGUAUACAUAGGUUCUGUUUUGGGUCGUAAAGGUCUGGGUCCAACUGAACAAGAAUGGGGUUUUGUAACUGUCAGACAAGGCGCCCACAUGUUUUGGUGGUUACAUCAAACGAGUGCCAAUGUCGAACAUUACACAGAACGACCUUUAAUAAUUUGGUUACAAGGAGGCCCUGGCGCUUCUUCUACAGCAUUUGGAAAUUUUGCAGAACUAGGUCCUUUGGAUGUGGAUUUAAAUUCAAGAUCCACCACCUGGAUCAACAAUUACAACGUUCUUUUCGUUGAUAACCCCGUGGGAACUGGUUACAGUCACGUAGAUUCUAGUGUUUAUUUGGCAAAAAGUAACAGAGAAGUUGCUGAAGAUUUUGUAGUUUUAUUAAAAGGGUUCUAUGAAGCCAUUCCGGAGCUGAAGACUACGCCUUUAUAUAUAUUUUCAGAGUCGUACGGCGGGAAAAUGACCGCCGAAAUAGCACUACUUGUAGAUCAGGCAAUCAAAAAUGGAUCCUUGGACAUUGAUCUUGUCGGUGUCGGUCUUGGAGACGCAUGGAUUUCACCAGUAGAUAUGGUUUUGAGUUGGUCUUCAUAUUUAUUGAAUGUGGGCGCAGUUGAUCAAAACGGCUAUGAACAAAUUGAAGAAAUGGCACAUGAAACUAAAAAAGCCUUUGAUAGUGGAAAUUUCUCUCUUGCCACCUUACUUUGGGCAAAAACUGAAGGUGUCAUAGCUGCAGUUACUGAGAACAUCGACUUUUACAAUAUUUUAACGGAAAUUCCAAGUGCGUGGAAAGCGAAAAUGGAGAUGAUAAAACCUGAUUCUGGUUUACGGGAUGCUUUGGAUGAUAAAAUUAAAAUAUUAAUGAAUAACGUUGUAAGUCAGGCUUUGGAUUUGAAUGUGACCUGGGGUGAUCAAAGUGCUGCAGUUUUUGCAGGUCUAUACUCUGAUUUUAUGAAACCGGUAACUGAAAUUGUGGAGUUGUUGUUAAAUACAACUGACAUUAAAGUGGCUGUAUACAAUGGACAAUUAGAUUUAAUUGUUGAUACGCCAGGUACUGUGAAGUGGGUAGACGAAUUAAAAUUCGAAGGAGUUGAAAACUGGAAAACUUCAUCUAGAAAACCAAUUAUUGCAAAUGGUAUAGUUGAGGGUUAUUACAAAAAAAUUGGAAAAUUCACAAUGUACUGGAUUAAUAGAGCAGGUCACAUGGUUCCUUUAGAUAAUCCUGCCGCAAUGGACAUAAUUUUGCAAGAUAUGAUUGAAGAAUAUGAUAUGAAAAAUAUAAACGACAACCUCACUACGAUGAAACUGAUAAUUUUGGUAUUUUUUAUUGCAACGAUAGCUUUCGCUCGGAAGGGUUUCGGUCCGACGGAACAAGAAUGGGGUUUUGUCACCGUCCGUGAAGGUGCCAAUAUGUUUUGGUGGUUGCAACAGACAAGUGCAGAUGUGGAAAAUUAUACAGAAAAAUCUCUAGUAAUCUGGCUGCAAGAAGGUCCAGGAGCUUCAUCUACCGGAUAUGGUAAUUUUGCAGAAUUGGGACCAUUAGAUGCCGACUUGAAUCCAAGACCUACAACUUGGCUCAAUAAAUACAAUGUUCUCUUUGUGGAUAAUCCUGUGGGAACCGGUUACAGUCACGCAGACUCUUCGCGUGCAUUGACAACCAACAACAGACAAAUAGCAGACGAUUUUGUUGUUUUACUGCAAGGAUUUUACGAAGCUGUUCCUAAGUUAAAGAAGACGCCUUUGUAUAUAUUUUGUGAGUCGUAUGGUGGAAAAAUGACUGCGGAAAUUGCUUUAGUUGUAGAUCAGGCCAUCAAAGCCGGGACUUUAGAUGUUCAGUUGCUGGGUAUUGGUCUUGGAGAUUCUUGGAUUUCUCCUGUAGAUUCUGUUUUGACGUGGGGACCUUAUCUACUGAGUGUGGGUGCUGUUGACCAAAAUGGUUAUGAGCAGAUUCAGGAAUCAGCUGAAGCUACAAAAGCAGCUUUUGAUGAAGGAGAUUAUUCUAAAUCUACGGAUCUGUGGGUAUCAACUGAAAUGUUAAUUCUGUCCCUGACCGAUAAUAUAGAUUUUUAUAACAUUCUUACAAAGGUAGGAGAUGUAUGGGGAAGGAAAAGUAAGUCUAUAAAUUUUGUCACUGGAUACCAAAUUAAUUUUUUUGCAAAAAUAAUAAAACCAUUUUUGACCGACGACGUCGACGAUAAAAUCGAUGUUCUUAUGAACAAACAAGUAAAAGGAGCUUUAGGGUUAGACGUUAGUUGGGGUGAUCAAAGUGGUGGUGUGUUCAACGCCCUUUAUGAAGAUUUUAUGAAACCAGUGACCGAAAUUGUCGAGGAACUUCUUAACACAACAGACAUCAGAGUAGCAGUUUAUAAUGGACAACUUGAUUUAAUUGUUGACACACCAGGAACUAUUAAAUGGGUUGACGAACUGAAAUUUGAUGGUUCGUCGAAAUGGAAAAAUACUGACAGGAAAGCAAUAGCUGUAGAUGCUACUGCAGAAGGUUAUUACAAAAAAUUAGGGAAUCUGGCAUUCUACUGGGUUAAUAGAUCAGGCCACAUGGUUCCGUCAGAUAAUCCUCAGGCUAUGGAUUUUAUUCUAGAAGAUGUAAUUAAUGGCAAAUGGAACAAACAAUAAAUAUUAUCGUGUAAAUUAUGCAGAG